AUGACGUCCUUUGGCGCAACUAAAAUUUGCGAACUCGCAUCUGAUGGACGCAACUUUGAAACUACAUUUAAGAUUCAAGGCCAAGUGUAUCACAAGAUUGGGUCACUAAUGCCGAUGCCUGAUGAUGAUCCAAAAUUUCUCCAAAUUUAUUUUAUGGGCAGUUAUGAGGAACGUGUGACAACUCGAUGCAUAGUGUCACCACAAUUGAGAAGUGAUAAUUGUCAAAUUGUCAUCAAUGCCGACAAAGUACCAACUGGAGAACAUGCUGGCAGGUUCAACGCGCCAACUGUAGAUGAAGUUGCCGUUAUUAUGGUUGGUGAUCCAGCUAACAGCAGAGACUUAAAAAUAACCCGUCGAGACAGAACUGUUAGUAUAAUUUCAGACCUACAUCGUUCGUAUGAUGCACUACAAUACCCUCUAAUAUUCUGGGAAGGGCAGGAUGAAUAUCACAUCAACAUCAAACAGCGUAAUCCAACCACUGUUUUCGGUAACGUGUGCUGCUGGCUAUAUUCUAUUGAAUGGCAAAAGCGAGGUUUACCUCAUACUCACAUCUUAGUUUGGCUUGAAGAUAAAAUCCGUCCAGAAGAAAUUGAUCAAAUAAUUUCCGCCGAAAUUCCGAAUCCAUUAGCUGACCCAGAGUUGUUUGAGAUUGUCACCAAUCACAUGAUCCACGGACCGUGUGGUGCUUUUAACAUGACAUCACCAUGCAUGGAAGAUGGAAAAUUUAAUGGUCAAGUGUUCAAUACAUAUCAAGAUGCAUGUCGCGAGUUGCAAUUACUGGAGGCAGACAAUCAUUGGGAUUUGACCCUUGCUGAUGCGGCGUUGACAUCAACGCCAAAUAAUAUUCGCCAACUGUUUGCAAUAAUUUUGACGACAUGUUAUCCAACACAACCAUUGGCUCUGUGGGAAAAAUAUAAAAAUUAUAUGACUGAAGACAUACUGCAUCGAGUUAAACAAAUAAAACAAUGUCCAAAUCUAGAAUUUACACCAUAUAUGUAUAAUGAAGCAUUAGUAUUGAUCGAAGAUUUAUGCAUUUUAAUUUCACAUUUGCCACUUAGUCAUUAUGGUAUGCCAUCACCUGAUCGCCUGGCUACCGACUUAGUUAAUACUGAUUUGCAACGAGAAAAGCAAUACAAUGCCGUUGACUUAGCUACAAUUAUUGCGAAUAAUGAACCAUUACUGACAGUUGAACAAAAAAAUAUUUAUAAUCAGGUUAUGCUGACCGUUGAUACUGAACAAGGCGGAUUUUUUUUCUUAGACGCACCAGGUGGAACCGGCAAGACAUUUUUGAUAUCAUUAAUCCUUGCAAAGACACGAUCACAACAGAAAAUCGCAUUGACAAUUGCAUCAUCAGGCAUUGCUGCCACUUUGUUAGAUGGUGGGCGAACAGCACAUUCUGCUUUGAAGUUGCCAUUAGAUAUUCAUAAUAAACCGAACGCAAUGUGUAACAUUAAAAAGAAACGCGGAAUGGCUGCAGUGUUGCAGAAUUGUGCAAUUGUAAUUUGGGAUGAGUGCACUAUGGCUCAUAAACAUUCACUCGAAGCAUUUAAUAGGAGCAUGCAAGAUUUGAAAGGCAACAAUAAACUUUUCGGUGGUACUGUCUUGCUUCUGUCUGGGGACUUCCGGCAGACGUUACCAGUCAUUCCUCACUCUACUUUUGCCGACGAAAUCAAUGCAUGUUUAAAGCAAUCGUUUUUAUGGCGAAAUGUUAAAAUACUGCGUUUAACCAUAAACAUGCGAGUGCAAAAUCAAAACGAUCCAUCCGCACACGUAUUUUCUAAACAACUGUUGGAUAUUGGAAACGGGGAAAUCGAACUGUACCAAAAUACACAUUACAUAAAAUUACCAGAUGAUUUCUGCACUGCCGUUGAAACGAAAAGUAAACUCAUUGAGAGUGUCUUUCCGGACAUAUUAAAUAAUUAUUUAAAUCAUAAUUGGCUCUGCAAUCGUGCUAUUUUGGCUACCAGAAAUGUUGAUGUAGACGAAAUAAACUUUCAGAUACAACAGUUGCUGCCGGGUAAUCUGAUGUCUUUCCACUCAAUCGAUACAGUUGUUGAUGAAAACGAAGCAGUUAACUUUCCAACCGAAUUUUUAAAUUCCCUGGAUAUUCCAGGGAUGCCACCGCACAAUCUACGUUUGAAAAUUGGUUCAGCAAUUAUACUUCUCCGAAAUUUAAACCCUCCUAAAUUAUGCAACGGCACACGUUUAGUUAUCAAAAGAAUAACGGGAAAUGUUCUUGAAGCUACAAUUUUAACAGGAAAGUUUAAAGGUGAAACUGUUCUACUGCCACGCAUUCCAUUAAUAGCUACAGAAUCUCCAAUACCAUUUCGAAGGCUUCAGUUUCCAGUUCGUUUAGCUUUCGCUAUAACCAUAAAUAAAUCACAAGGCCAAACAAUGUCAGUUUGCGGACUGGACUUGGAAAACACAUGUUUCGCUCAUGGGCAACUAUACGUCGCCUGCUCACGCGUGGGAAUACCAUCGAAUUUAUUCGUUUUUGCAAAAAACAGAUUAACGAAAAAUAUUGUGCACAAAUUAGUUCUUAUAUAA